AUGAUGGAGCACUUGUUGGUAAAUUUUAAUAUCGGGAAACUAAAGCGUCCUUCUUAUUUUUAUUCAGUGGUGCUGAUUACAAUUACUUUCUGUCAGUUAAUAAGCGGGAUUUUUUCAAAGUAAGAUGAAUCUGUAGAAUGCUAGAUAUUAUGUAAUCAUUACUUAUCAUUACCCUAAUUUAUAAUUUUCCUAAUCUUCUCAGAUCAUCAGUCUAAUCAAAUACUUGGAUAUCAAUAGCGUGAUAUAAGAAAAUGAAAUAAUAAUAUAAAUAUUGUUUUGGUGGUUAUCAACUUAGAGCAUUGUGACAUACGCACUUUAUGGAAUAUGCUACUACUAGGUGAAAUAUCAGAACAAGAAGAACUUAAUGGACUAGUCAAGUGCUAAAGUUUUAAUUAUUCAUAAUUUAGAUAUUAACCUAACUUUUAUUGAUAGAUUAAUGGAUAACAUGUUAACCCACUUAGCUCGUUUAUUUAAACAUAGUCUACUGUUCAACUAAUAAUAAUUGUCUAAAUAUUGCGAUAGGCACUCAAAUUCAAUAAAUCCUUUCAAGUUGCUUUGUCUUCAUGAGAUUCAUAUUUCAAAAUGUAAUGAUCCUAUUUUUUAUCAAUCAUCAUUGCGUCAAGAAAGAUACAUUAUCUGGUGGAUCUAGGUUUAUAUUGUUGUAUUUGGAACUUUUCAGAAUCUUGUUGAACAUCCAGUUGGCAUUCGCAGGCAUGAGUUAAGAAUUGCAUGUAAAUAUUGAAAGUAAAAUAGGUUACAAUUUUAAUUUAUCUUUUUCUAUCAACCUGCAUAGCUUGUUUUCUGUACAAGAUAAGCGAUUUCAAGUUGUUUAUCGCAAAUCGAAGUGUGAGACUAGUGUUUAAAAUAUUUACAUUCGCCCUAUUUGGCAUAUCCAUAGGACUAGCAAUAAAUUCAAUUUCCAUUCACUUCAAUCUUACACAAAGUGACAAUUCGAUUACCAUUAGUAUUGUAAGUGUAGCUUUAAUCAUAUGGAUUUUCAACUAAUUUUAUUUCAACCAGUAAAUACAACAUAUUUGUUAACCUGCUUUGGAUGGAGAUCAUUUGAUUCAAAAAAUCUUUAAUUUGAAGUCAAUUGCUAAUUAGAUCCACUUUAAUCAUGAAUUUGGUCAAGCCGAUUCAUUUUAUUUGGGUAUUAUAUUUCAACACUUUUCAAAUCCAUGUCCUUAAGAAAAAAAGGAAAGAUGCUUUUGUAUGAUGAGAAGUCUCUAUGAUCCAAAGAAACAUAAGGACAUCAAAAAUAUUUAGUUUUCAAUGUUGAGACAGAAAACUCUGUAUAUGAAAUAUCUAAUUAAAACUUGGUAUGAAAUAUAUCUAUUUCAUCAUCCUCAAGAUGUCAAAAUCAGAAUGAAUUAUGCAAUAUUCCUAUAUUAUCAAAUGAAUAAUCAAAUAAAGUCUCAACUGCAAUUGAAAUUAACUCGCACUUACAAAUUGAAUCUAUUAUAAGACUUUGACUUAAGUAAAAUAGAACUUUAAUUCUAAAAUGAAAUUAUUGAUAAUAAUAGUUUAAGCUAUCAAAACGAAUCAGAUUUUGAAUAUGUCGUCAAGAUGGAAUCUAUUAUGAAGUCCAUAGAAUAGAAUAUCCAUAAUUUUCUUGAUUUUAGUAUCAAAUUUUGGAGACAAGUCAAAUAAAAAGUAAUUUAUGAAUAGGAUCUAUGGAAUUUGAAUGAGUAAAUUAUUAUGACCAUUUAAAAGUCUGAUGAAUUGUGGAGUCAAAUAAGCAAGUACAAGAUAAUAAACAGAGAUAAACCAAUUGUCAAGAACUAUCUGACAAGAAGACCUAAGUGGUAAUUUGUUAAUAAUUGGUAUCAUUUGUAUGUUCUAAACAAAAAAAUUAAAUAAUCCAUGUUAGAAUAUUGUGAUUCUUAAAAUAUGAUAUAACCACCAGUUGAUGAAGAUUCAGGUUCAGACAAUUAAAAUUAGAUUGACCAAUUAUCCUAGUUCAAACCUUUCAAUUACACAUCAGCAAUCUUCCACACUACUCAAUCUGGACAAAUAGUAAAUGUGAGUGAAUCCACUUAUGACAUUUUUGGAUUUUAACAAUUUAAUAACAUAAGCCAAUUACUGCCAAUAACUAUCAUUAGAAAUCAUUAAAUUGGCAUUGAUCAAUUUGUUUAAACUGGUAAGAGCAAAUCCUUAUACAAGAAGAGAAAGGUUUUAGCCUUAAAUAAUGAAAAGUACCUUAUGCCAUGCAAGAAGUAUUUGAAAUGGCAUGUAAGUCCACUUUCUCAAAUCGAAUAUAUUUGCAUGAUUAGACCUAUUUAUAGACAUUAAAGUGUCAGUUAUAUCUUGGUUAACAGCGACUGGGAGAUAGAUUGUGUCUCAGAGUAAAUUGCAGAACUCCUUUAACCAGGCUUAUGCUUAUUUUUGUUAUGUCCAAAAUUAUUGAAAUAUUCAUAUUAUUCAUAAUUUUUGACUGAAGAAGAUCUUCAAUUGUUUAAAUUAAAAAGAGCUAAAAAUGAUAAUACAAAUCAAGAUUCAAUCGUAGAUGCAAAAUUCACAAACAAGAAAAUUACCAUAGUUCCAACUAACUACAAAAAUUAGUACGUUUAGCCAUAGGAGACAUAAGAUCUUGUAAGCAUGGUUUUAGAAGACGAUUCAAAAAAUGUAGAGGAAAGUCCUCUUUGGAUAAAUGAUGCCUUGCAUGAAGAUCAAUAGGAAGAAAAAGAUCAAUUAUUCAGAAGAUUUCAUAAAGUAAUUGAUGAAGAUCAUGUUAAACUAACCUUUCGUUUGCCCAAAAAGAUCUAACCUUUGAUUGAGGAUUAUGCUUAAAUAAAACAAGACAUAUUUUUGAAUGGCUUGGAUCAAAUAACAAUCAAAUCAAAUAAACUUAAAAAUCAGAGAAUUGUAUAGAGAAAUUCUGCUGGUAAACUUGUAUUUGAUAAGAAGAUCCUCUUUUCUAAGCUUUUCUAAUAUUAAGAACACUACUAUGAAACCUUAUAUAAUCACUUUAGUAAAGUAUAUAUCGAUAUUUAGAAACCAGCUUUUAAAAGUAUUGUAUGACUAGCAGAAUGUUAAAGACGGUUAUUAAGAUUGAAGCCUCAAUACGAUUCACUAAAAAUACAAUCAUGGACAAAUAUUAAAUAAUCAAAAUUACUAAUCUAAAUAUUAUAGAAAGCUAAGUCUUGGAUAGAAAAGCAAAAGUAAUUCUAUUUAUCCUAUAACUUAGGCUGUUAAAUUGCUCAAUAGAUAAAACUAAGUUGUCCGAUAAAGAUAAAGUGUCUUUUAGAGUCAUUAAUCAUAGCAUCUUUAGUUAUUCCUUGAAUAAAACUUUCAACAGCAAAUUGAUUAGAAUUACUAAAAGUUGUUUCUUUCAAAUGGUUAUAUUUUAUUAUAUGCUAGUAUAAAAUUCAGAUGUGGAAUCAUAUCGAAACACUACAAAUAGGGCAUUCAUGUCUGAAGAUCAAGUGCUAUCUGAUUUCAAUACUUAAAAAAUAACCACAUUGAGUCUCAAGACACAAAACAAUAUUUUCAUUAAGGAAGAAAACAAUAAACCUGCUAAAAGAGAUGUGUAACUCAACUUUUUUAAAAUUCUAAAUAGAAUUUUCAUUGUCUUCUUAAUUAUAUUUAACCUUAUAGUUUUGUAUUAGGGUCCUAAUAUUAAUUAAUUAGAAAUUGAUGAAUUAGGGGUAAUCGAUUAUAUUAUCAAAGUUUUAAAGUGCUAAGAAGUAGUAUGAUUUUCUUAAUAUCAUGAUUGAAUCAUAUGAUAAGUUGCUUAAUGCAUUUUAUUGUUAAAGCAAUAUCUUAAGUGAGAUUAAAAACUAAUCUGAAUUCUAUCAAGACUUACAAAAUAGCUUUAAUAAUCAGUUAUCUGAUAUUAAAAAUUUAUAUGAAUAGCCAAGUUUUAUAUAAAAAGUCUACAAAUCUAAAAAUUUUGAUAACAACUAAAGCAUGAUUGAUUUAAUAAAUUAAUACACUUCUAAUAUUGGAAAUCUUUAGUCGAUAGAUCAAUACUAUGAUUUUGAUUAAUCAUUAGAUUUCUUUAGAACUACAUUCAUACCUUUCCUUUUUAAUUAUCAAAGUCGAAACAUAUUUUAAAUAAUUGACAAGCUGACUCAAACAUAUGAAACCCAAGAUUAAAUAUGCUUCACAAUCAUAAUGACAUCAACAGCAAUCUUUGGAUUUUAUUUAAUCUAUAACAUUUUCAACAUUCUUGGACUCAUCACACAAUGCUAAGUAUGAUAUUUCUUACCUUUAGAAAGUUGCUAAGCAAUUAUCUUAUAUCGAAAAAACAUAAGUGGAAGAAGCAAUAAAAUUCUAUUUGAAUCUAAAAUUUCAGUUUUCUUGCAUCAGCAAUCAAAAUGGCUUCGUAUAAAACAGUAAAUAAUAAGUCAAUUAAAUUAGAUUAUUUUUAAUCUACCAAUUAAACAAUCAUUCGACAAAUGGAGGAAGAUGAAAAGAGUAGUAAUUUGAAGAGAUAGAAGUAAAAGCAGUAUGAAUGGUCAAAAAGAUGGAAAAGAAUAAAAGUAUUUGUUUAAUUAAUCAAUCAAGAUUGUAAUGAUUGUGAGGUAUCUAUUUUUUAUGUCAUUGAUUUCAUUUCUAAGCUACUUCUACUUUAUUCACAUUAUGAGAUUCAAUUAUUAGAUGUCAGAUCUGUUGAAUUCAAACAAUUUCACUAAGGAAACUACAUAAUUGCUAUCAUUGACAUUAUCCAAAGAACUCUUUCUAUAUGAUUUCUUCAAUCAAACUUACAUAGAUAUCUAUAACUAUAAAGAAAUUUAAUUAAGAUACAUUAAUAGUAAUGAUGAGACGCAAUCCUAAUUAUACGAAACAAAUAUUGAUGAAGUAGAUGAAAUAUUUAAUGGAGAUUUAUGUACCUCUAUAAAUUCAAGUAUUUUAUUAAAUAAAUCCUAGUUAUUAAUCUCUCAAAUUGUGAGAUAUAUUUGAAUGGAGCAUUAAAAUAUGGAUUAAAAUCCUAUAACUUUUUACUUUCCUAAAUGGCCUAGCAAUUAUUAAACCCUGAAGAGGGACUAUACGAAAACACUACAGUUGAAAAGAUCUUCGAAUUUGAUUAAGUAUACACAACUUUAAUGAAUUAGGUUAACAAAUUUUAGAGAUUUGGAUAUUAAGAGGCUUGGAAAAUUCUUGGGUUAAGUUACAGUUAAUAAAUUGAUGAUAGUGCCUAACUAGAAUUAAUAUUCUUGUAUUCUUUAUAUUUUUACCCCUAGAUCGUGUUCCUUUACUUUUACUUUGCUCCUAUUCAUAGUCCUAUUUGAAAUAAGUUUUUUUGAUUAAUUGCUACAAAUAAUUUUGGAAGUCCGCUGUUUCUAUAAAAGAUACUUUUCAAAUAAUACAAUAGAUCGAUAUAAAAUUAUAAGAGCUCAACUCAUUCAAUGUAAAAUAAUUAAUAAGUGA